AUGGAUAGAGAACCAGAGAGAGAACAAGUUACAGAACAAGAAACAGAACAAGAUAUAGAAAUGGAUAGAGAACCAGAUAGAGAACAAGAUAUAGAACAAGUUACAGAAAAAGAUACAGAACAGGAUAUAGAAAUGGAUAGAGAACCAGAUAGAGAACAAGAUGUAGAACAAGUUACAGAACAAGAUACAGAAAAAAAUACCAUACCAUAA